GACUUUAGUGCUCCCUAUUUCAAUAUCCAUCAGUUUGAUUCAUAUUUUUCUAACCUUUGUUUCAUUCAAUCAUAUCGAUAUAACUAAAUUUAUACGGAGGAAUUUUUAUUCAAAUACGGAGUAUAUAUUACUAUGUUAGGCGCAAAUUUCGCAUGCAAUUCCAAUCCGCAUAUCUAAACGUUGCUGCAAUUGGGUUCUGUUUCUACCAGUAGGUAUGGAAAUCGACUCCGUGGAAAUGCUCUGUAAACAUUUAAUUUUCUGCGCCGUUCAGAGGUGCCGUCUGAAAAAUGAUAUGUGCAGAUUAUCAGUGAAACUGGCCCCUUCUCCAUGGUGCAAUCCGCCUCUCGUUCGAAUCUCAGGUCAUCUCUCUUCCUCUCUGAGGGGAAAUGGGUGCUUGUACUGAUUAUACGAGAAUCUCUAUAACAAAAAUACUUUAACGAGGGACUAAAACUGCAUUUGGAAGGGGGCAUGCAAUGAUUAUAACCAAUAAUGCAGGAAGCUGUAAAAUGAAAGUGGGUGGUGUUCCAUUGCAGUUCAGAUUAUGGCACCCCCCAAUAUACAAUUUCCAAGCCACUGACGGCUCGGCCGCUUACCUAUUACCAUGUCUAGUCAUCUAUCGGAUAAGCUUUACAGGGCUGGACAAAUUUGCACAACAGAAUGCCAGCACACAGACACACACCUAUACUACAUACAUAUACGCUUGGGUGCGUGUAUGGAUGCAUAUAUUAUGCUCAGAUGGAAUUUUAUGCAUUUAUAGAUCCCGUUACUUCAGUGUCAGAUACAGGAGUUGGAAGUACACUGGAGGAAUACCAACAUUUGAAGUACCAAAGUGGCCUCGUUCAGGCUGGUAAAUGGGAUGGGUUGAUGUCUAUUUCUACUACAAGUAUUUCUGACAAAGAUAUGCAUAACUUAAAUCUCAACAUGAAAAACACCGCUUCUUCUAAGAGACUGACUAGACUGCCUUCAACCUCAAAGAAUGGCGCACAUUUCAGUGGCACUGAAGUAUCAAUGUCUACAUUUGAAAGUUUUGAUCACUUAUUGGAAGAUUUAACCUUAUUUUUUAAGAAGAUGCUCGUUUUAAAAAUCCCGUUAGUUGCAGUUGAACUGUUGGUUGAUUAUUAUAACAUGCCUGGAUCUUGCACGGAAAAUUGUAUUAUGGCCAUUGAGUGUGGUUCUUUACCUUUCCCGGUAGAAAGCGUCACCAGCCUAAGAACAUGUUUUGAGGAUUAUGUCCUUAAGCACAGGAAUAAACUGGAUAGUGUUUGUCCUUAUUGCUUUUUAACUGGGGAAAAUUUGAUGGUUGGCACUGGAGUUGCUAGCUGCUCAGGAAACAUGCAAGGCAAUGCACUGGUGAUGGAAGCUGUGGUUGUUAUUAGUGAAUUACCUAUGGUAGCUACUCCAUCCUGCUUCAGGGAACAUGAAAGAGAGACACAGGUUUUGUUCUAUAGAGACUUUGUACCCUCUACUAUCCCGAAAUCAUUAUUGAGUGCAUUGGAAAGCAUCAAUUGGAAGAGCUAUGGAUUGACACUGAGGAACAUCAUGGACCAAGAUGGGUGUGCAUUGCUUGAAUGGGAAAGUUUGCCGCCAACUCUCCAUAUUGAUAUCAUCAUUCAUUAUUAUGACAAACAAUAUCCUUCACAAUCUGAUUCACAACUCACAUCACCUUUAGAUUGGCAUGGAAUUCAAUCAUCGAAUUGUAUUAUCUGCAUUUGUCAUUUUCAUAACUUGCUCUCAAGGUGAAUUUACUGGAUUCACUAAUCAGUCAAAAAGGUCGAGGUCUGACCAGAAGAGCUGUCAAGCUUGCUCUUGAUGAACUGAAGGAGAAGAAUAAAGGUGUCCUUCUUAGUCAGCAUGCACAAAAGAUUUGCAGUUACGCCCCAGAUCUUUCAAAAACAAUCGCCCGUUUGAUCUUAUCCUCAAAUGACCGAGACUUCCGAGGGGAAUGUUGCUCUCUCCUGGGACUUCAGUUUUCAGAUUUCAACAUGGAAGCAGUUGAAGGUUCCAUUAGAGAAAGGAUAGUUUCAGUGAUUGGAAAACACGACCAAAAGACUAGGGUAAGUAGAGAAGCUUCAGAGCUGCUCUUCGAAGACCAAUGCAUCCAAAGACCGGAAGACUUCAUGGAAGAGGAAUACCAGGAGCUUGAGGAAGUCUACAAUUCUCUCGGCUUAGAUUAGACCCCCC